AAAGUUGGCAAUUGUCUUUUCCCGCAAUGUGGCGGCAAAUUCGGAAAGACAACCAGUCAAGAUUUUGCAGAUCGGGAAGAGUCGAGGUCAGCAAUCGAAUGAAUAAAAAAUGGCUGUGGAUGUCCUCAAUCCUGUCAACAUGAACUGUGAAUUGCUAGCUACCUGCAAUGCUCUUGGAUACUUGGAAGGACAAAUUUAUCAGAAGGAACCAGAUUGUUUAGAGACUAUCAAGGAUCUAAUUCGGUUCUUAAAACGAGAGGAUGAAACAUGCAGCAUUCGACGUCAGCUUGGCCACGCCCAGAUCUUACAGAAUGAUCUUAUUCCAUUGACCAAGCAGUUCAGCAAGGAGGAGGAGCUCUUUGAAACAACAAUUAGACUUCUGGUUAAUCUGACUCAGCCUGCGGAACUGUGCUUCCAGAAUGUCCCUGAUGACAAGACAUUUCGGAACUACUUCCUGGAAGUGUUGUCCCACCUGCAAGCUUACAAACAAGCAUUUGCUUGUGAAGAGUUCAUGGCUGUCAUGGCAAGAAAACUCAAGAAGAUGCUGGACAUGGAGUGGGAGAGUCGGCGUGAGGACCACACCCUACUCAUGGAACGCAUCUUGCUUCUUGUGAGAAAUGUCUUCCACAUUCCAGCAGACCCGAAUGCUGAAAAGAGAACUGAUGAUGAUGCCAGCGUCCAUGACCAAGUUCUUUGGGCUCUUAAUGUGAGCGGUAUGGAUAAGCUGAUCCUCUACAUUGCAAGUGCCGAGGGAGAGCAGCAGUGGUGCAUGCAUGCAAUAGAAAUCAUAUCACACAUGCUCAGAGAACAGUCCCCGGAGUCCAUUGCCAAAGCUGGAAGAGUGCAACACGCCAGUGAGAGACUGAAGGAGGAGAAGGAAUUGGAAAAGAUCCGGCAGAGAGAGCUGCUGGAGAAGAAAGCAAGACUCUUGAAGGCUAGCGGCAGGCAUUCUCGCUUUGGUGGCUCUUUCUACAUGACCAACUUCAAGUCGAUCAGCGACCGUGACCUCAUCUACCAUCGACCACUCCAGCAGGCCAAGACCAUGACGUUUGAGAGUACUAAAAAUGCCACCAAGAAACCCAAGAACAAGCUACCUCUACAGGACGGGACUAUCAACAGGCGAUCGACCCUGAGCAUCCGACUCUUCCUCAAAGACUUCUGCAUGCUCUUCCUUGAUAACUGCUACAAUCCGUUGAUGAACGCUGUAAAGGAUCAUAUUCUUCACCGACGUGCUCAGGAGAAUGAUGAGUCGUACUACUUCUGGGCAAUGCAGUUUUUCAUGCAGUUCAGCCGGCUGUAUAAAUUCAGAGUAGACGUCAUCAGUGAGACCUUUUCUGUCCAGUCUUUCCAUUAUGUGAACACUCAACUCAUCAAAUAUCUUGAUAUGAUGACAACAGACAAGAAGGAAGCAACUGCCUGGUCUAAAAGGCUGCAUCUUGCCCUGAAAGCCUACCGUGAGCUCCUAGCAACGCUGAAUGAGAUGGUGGGUCCCCAUAGUAGCCCAGAGUUAAAGGAGUCUGCCGAUGCCAUUCAAAGCAAUGUCUUCUACGUCCUGGAGUACAGGGAAGUCUUCAUCACCCUCCUCAAGAAAUUCAAUGAAGUCACAUGCACAAGGACUUACCUGAAAGACUUGAUAGAGUCAGUUCACAUCUUCAUGAAGAUGUUGGAAAAAUACGGCAAGGGCAAGAAGACUCUUAUUGUGCAGAAAAAGCUAAAGAAAAAAUCCAAGCGCAGAAAACGUCGACAGGCCCAGAGACCGGAAGAAAACCAGGCCAACGAAGAACAAAACCAGCUGACCCAGGUCUGGGAUGACACCCUAGCAAUGGAACUAUCAUCCAUGCUUCAAGGAAGGGAGGAUAUCCCGGAUGAUGUUGUUCCCUUUGAUGCUGCCUCAGAGAUGCCGGUUGAAGAACAGAGAGCCGACGCAAUGGUCAGGAUCCAGCAGAGUUUGAGGUCUGGUCGAGCAGGUGAAGGUCUUGCUCUCUUCAGAGCGGCAAGGGAGGUGUGGCCUGAUGGUGAUGUGUUUGGAGCAGCGGACAUAGAACCUGAAGAUGAGUUCAUGGCACUCAGAGAGAUACACUUCACCAACCUUAAUGUACAAACCCAAGCAGAACCAGACGUGGAAGAACAAGAAAUUGAAGAAGAAGAUGAAGAAGACGAGAUGGCUAUGGAAGAACAUUCAUCAAGAGGGGAAGAGGAAUUCAACUUCAAACUUUAUGUCAACAAGUUCACACACCCGGACGUACUGAGAAACUACAUCAAGCUGUUGAUGAGUUUCCGUGGCAACCAAGAGUUCACCAAUCACUGCAUCGUCAAGCUCCUCCACAGAGUAUCCCUUGAGGUGGACAAGAUGGAGCUUCUCUUCCAGAUCUCACUCUUCAGGAUCUUCCAUAAGAUCCUGCAGGACCCGCUGGCUAAGACUGACCAGUUCAAGGAAAUGACAAAGUUUGCUCAGUUUGUUGUGGGUCGUUUCUUCAAGGCAUUGCCCACCAAACCCAAGCUGGUGGUCGAGCUUCUCUUCUGGAAGGACGCCAGGAGUAUCUAUGAGAUCCAGGAAGGCUACGGAGCAGAACAACCAAAGAAGGGCAAAUCAAGUUUUUGGAAUGAAGAAGAGGAGGCGGAGCUGGCAGGUCUUUAUGAGCAGUAUCGAGAUGUAGAUGGAGGAGAACGAGAUGUAGUUGAUCUGAUCAUGGAAAAUCUGAUUAAUGAUACCAGAAGCAGAAGACAGAUCAUAGCACAGCUUAUUAGACAAGAAUUGAUAGAGAGUGCCAAGAUGCUGAGGAAGCCCAAAGUAUUAAAGAGCGCAUGGCGUGAGGAGCUCGAGCUGGAGUUGAGGACACUCUUUGAUCAAUACAAAGAUUCUAAUGACAUCGUUGGUAACAUCAUACAGAACAUGAGUGAGCCUAAAUCUAAGCAAGCAGUCGCCAAGAAGAUCCUAGACUUGGGCCUGGUCCAGGAUCGAUCACAGCUUUACAAGAAGCGUGCAAGAAAGGCCGACGGUGGAGGUACCAAGAGGAGGCGCAGGAGACGCAGACAUGGAGACGACGACGAGGAUGUUCCUGAAGAAGAUGAUGUGUAUGCUGAAGGUUUACAAGAAUUCCCGGAUGAGGACUUACUACCUACUACUGAUGAUAGUAGCAGUGAUGAUGAUAAAGAGGAGAGUGAGGAGGAAGGAGAAGAGGAUGAUGAAGAUCAAGAAGUGCCUCUAGAAGAUAUCAUCACAAAGCUUCAGAGGAAAGGGUUGACUGAACAGAUCCGAUGGAUCCAGGAAGGUUUGAGGAGGACAGCAGAAGACAGAGAAGAAAGUGGAGAUAACCAGGCCAUUCCAAUUGUUCCAUUGUCCGAAGAAAGCGGUACUGCCAUGAGGAACAAAUCUUUUCAGAAGUUCUUGAAGAAAAUAGGUCUCUCAGAACCAAGAUCACAUGAGGAAGUAUAUUGGCGCAUGCCUGGGGAUUUGUCUGCUUCUACCCUGCGAGAGAUGGCAGACUCCAUCGAACCCAAAGAAGGCGUCGAGGUGUUACCCGCAGAAUCCAAGAAGAGCAGCAAGAAGUCCAACGCCCGCUACCAGAUGCUGAAGCAGAUGGCACUCUCCAAACGCCAGGAGAAGGAAGGGAAGCAGUCGGUACGCCAGAAGCGCAGAGAGGCUCGGCAGUCGACACAAGAACCGGAGAAUGAAAAGAGUCUUGCCGAUCUGUAUGAUGCCGAGACUGAUGUUAGUGGAGAGGAAGAGGAGGAGGAGACAGGUAAAGCUGCCGGAGGUCAGAGGUCAAGGAUAAAGAGGUCACUACCCAGUGACUCCAGCGAUGACAGUGAUGAUGAGAAGCUAAGUUCCUUCAUGAGCCAACAUCGAGGAGACCCCUUGCCCCAAGAAAAGCCAGCGAAACGUACCAAACUACAGUCAAGUGAUGACGAAAGCGAUGAUGAGCAGCUCAGCUCUCUUAUGAAUAAUCACCGAAGAGAAGACUCCUCGCCACAAGAGCUUGCAGCGGAACCUAGCCGGCUGAUGUCCAGCGAUGAUAGUGAUGACGAAACGGACAGGAGGUCGUCCGUGCCAAAGAAGAAGAGCAACAAGCUUAAGAAGCAAGCUAGGUUGGUUUCUAGUGAUGAUGAUGAUAGCGAUGAGGAUAGAUUGGAGAUUGAUGAAGGGGUUUCCUCUCCUAGGAAGGCAUCUCCAGUUUCUAAGAUGGCAAAGCGCUCCAGGAUGGUUGCGAGCGAUGAUAGUGAGGAAGAGGACAAAUCUGACGAAGAGGAUGAGAUUGAAGAGGAAGUAGACGACGCCCAGAGUGAAAUCUUCGACUUGAUCACCAAGCCACCAAAGAAAUCCUUGAAGAAGCAGACUCCGUUUGAUUUCAGCGACGAGGAUGAAUACGAAGAGGAAACCAGGAAGAUGGAGUCAGAACCUGUUGCCAUGCAAGCAGAAGAACUCACAUCCCAUGACCAGUCACUCCAUCUCAGGCUCUCCUCCGACAGUCCCAGUGAUGCUGACGUGACGAUGAAGGAUGAUGCAACUACAGAGGAUGAAGACCCAGGGGACGUUGUAGGUGCCGAUGAUGCAGAGGAUAAUGCCAGAAAUUUUGAGAAAGACACCACUAAUAAUGCAGCCAAUGAUAACGACGAGAAUAACUUGGACAACAAGGAGAGUGAUGUGGAAGAAAUGAUCGAGGACGAAGGAGAGUGGGAAGAGAUACUGGAUGAUGACAGUGACUUUGACAUGACCUCAAGCAACCAACCGGCAGCCUCUUUUGCAAGCAGCGCACCAGCAGUUGAAGCCUCGAGUGACAGUGAUUCUGAUGACGAUGUCCCUCUUAGGAAGGUAGCCAAAAGGAAUGCUAUAUCGUCUGAUAGCGAAGAUGAAUAGAAGCAUCAAAAUAAUACCAGCUCUAGUGAUGGUGUACCCUUGAAAGAGGUUGUCAAGGUAGUGCUAAUCUGAAGUGACAGAUAAAACCUUUGUGCUCAGAAAGAUGGCCAAGCAGAAUGCAAUGCUAUCUGACUAAAGGCCAGCGCACACGCAAAAAAAUCAGUGUGUGCGCCAAUCUACAGUAGGAUUACAAGCCAAAAAAUCAGUGUGUGCGCCAAUCUACAGUAGGAUUACAAGCCAAAUCUCAGACAUGUAAAAUCUUUCUGCGAUUUUGCUAAUUUCAGCCCGUCAUUUGUCCUAGACGAUGACGUCAUUGCCAAUUUGCUGUACCGCAGACAACUGAGAUGGGAUUGGAAUCGGAAUCUGCUUGCAAUCAGAUAGCAUGCGCUGGGCUUAAAGGGAUGGUCUCAGAAUAAAACUAACAAGAGCAAAAUGCUGAAACUUGAUCAAAAUCGGUUAAAGAUUUUUCUAUCAAAACUAAAACAAUUGGAUUGACAACUGAUUAAGAGCAUAACAAAAGGAAAGUGGGGAUGUGACAUUAUCAGCCCGAUUUUGAUGAAAUUUUCAGCAUUUUGCUCAAGAGACAGGGAUAUAUUGUAAUCCAAGAUGAAUGUUUAGGUAUUGGUGUUAUCAACGAGUAUAGGUUGGAUUCAUGUGGUAUUAAAGUUUUAGAUAACAAAUUGAAAACUAUACAUAUACGAAUUGAAGUCCAAAUUCAGUAUUCCAAGGUCACAUAGUGUCAGUUUUGUUGUGAUUUCAGAUUAUGAGAGCUAGGUCUAAUUUAGCAAUCCCCUAUAUAUAUAUGGAUAUGUGAAUUGGAUUGUUGUGAUUUAAGGCUAAUGGUUCAAGGUCAUUUCAGACCUAUUAAUUUGGAUAAUGUACAUUUGGCCUUGGAACCAAAUGUCAAAUCCCAAAAAUAUCUGGCAAAAUUAGCCUUGGAUUUUCUCUUUCUAAUACAUGUACCUAAUCUUUAAUCCUAUAAGAACUGGGCUAUUUGAUAUCUGUAAAUAAUAUACAGUCCAGUAGAUGGGUAUUUAGGAUCAAGGAAAAACAUAGCCAUUAUUCAACUGAUCAAAGAAAUAAAGAUUUAUAUAGAGUCAGAAUCUUUCGUCUAUUGUUUUUAUUCAUUCUUACAUCAAUACAAAAAAAAAUACACAUUUACACACAAUUGGGAUUCUUCCGUGUUCAAUAAUGGAAAAACAUUUUGUAAAUGCCAUAAUACAACUCACAUCAAAUCUACAGGAUCACGCACUGCUUUAUACAUAUAUUGCGAUGAGUAUUUAGAAUAUAGAUGCCAUCACUUCCCCGUACUGGUUAAGGGAAAUUGACCCACAUGGUCUUUUGGAUACCCAAUAUGUUUAAUUCAUGCCUUGGGUUUUGGUUUUCUUUUAUUCUUGAGAUUCACUUUUUCAGCACUUUUUAUCCCAUA